AGCAACGGUUUCAAGGCGCCCUUGGUGUCCCAUUCGAAGAAAAACAAAGCCCAGAAAAAAAAAUACAUCUCACAUUUAAAAUCGAAUUAUAUUCAUAACCAAUUCUCUUUUUGAGAAAUAUGUCCGCCGAUGUAAUCUGUUUUCUUUGCCUCCUCUCUGUAAUAUCAAUUUGACGGUGUUGUUUAUCUGUAGUAAGGGGAACUUGAAACCGCCCCUUGCCCCAUUUCCUCGGUUGUUUUUCUUCUUUCGCCUGUAUUCUCCAUGUUGUUGGAGCGAAAAGUGAGUUCUUCGCAGAGACAGGAAGGGGUCGUUCGGUUCCGAAAUAUACUAGCGAUAAAGUAAACCGAGACGCGCAGCCGAGGAAAACGCAAAGACGAAAACAUAUCCAAGCGCCCUGCCCCUCCCAGAAGAAGCAAGAAAUAAAGAAGCAUUGUUGGUGAUGAAUUGUAGCGUCUUCCAUAUCCAACAAAGCCACGGAUGACAGUUAUCAGGGCAAUCAUUUAGUAACUUGUCAAUAUAACCUAAUGAAGGCUGCUUAUCUCUGUUUGGGGAACGGAUUGGAUUUUGAGGGCUCUGUGCUUGUCAGAUGGAAAGUUCUAUCAUCACUCAAGUGCAAAAAGAAGACAUUCAAUUGUCACCGAAAACAGGCGAGGUGAGCAGAUCUUCUCUGAAGAAGCCUAGGAGCUGUAACAUCUUCAAAGCACUCUUCUGUUGCCUCAGAGGAGCACAGGAUGCCCGGAAUCCACCAUCUCCUUCACAAGAUGCCUUGCUGGGGCCACAGGACAAUGGGGACGUUGUCAAGCUGUCAUCAGGGCCCAGCCUGCUGCCUGAGAUGACACCCCAGGACCAGGGGAAGAUAUGUGUGGUCAUAGACCUGGAUGAGACACUGGUGCAUAGCUCAUUCAAGUGUUCCUUCUCUCCUCAGCCUAUCAGUAAUGCAGAUUUCAUAGUGCCUGUGGAGAUUGAUGGGACCACACACCAGGUAUACGUGCUGAAGAGGCCUUAUGUGGAUGAGUUUCUACAACGAAUGGGAGAGCUGUUUGAGUGUAUUCUGUUCACUGCCAGUCUUGCCAAGUAUGCAGAUCCAGUGACUGACCUGUUGGAUCAGUGCGGGGUAUUCCGGGCACGGUUGUUCCGGGAGUCCUGUGUGUUCCACCAGGGAUGCUACGUCAAAGAUCUCAGCCUGCUGGGCCGAGAGCUCCAUAAGACCCUCAUCCUAGACAACUCUCCUGCCUCCUACAUCUUCCACCCAGAGAAUGCUGUUCCUGUGGUGUCCUGGUUUGAUGAUGUGGAAGAUGCUGAGCUGCUCCACCUGCUGCCUGUGUUUGAGGACCUGAGUCAGGCAGAGGAUGUCUACACCAGACUGGGGGAGCUACGAGCACCAUGAUGGAGGGACCCUGCUGAUGAGCACUUCAUGACAUUCUAACGCCUUUUCUCUGACUCUGAGUAUCUCUCUGUAUGUCAACCACUGUCUGAUAGUUCUGAGCGAAAACUACCAAAAUACUGUAGAGUACUACAGUCAUUCCAAAUGAAUAUGAAUAAAGUGGUUAUUUUUUUCAAAACAGAAGCCUGCAUGGCCUGAUCUGACUCAGGACACUUGUAUCUUUGUGCCUUUUUCGUAAACAAACACAAAAAGCAAGCAGCUCAAACUAUUUUUAUUAGCAUUUUGUAAAAUAAAUAAAUAAUAAUCUUCCAAUCUCGCUAUGCAAUCCUCUUCUGUAAUCAUGAUAAACUUCAGUGCUACUUAUACGGUUCACAGUCAAAUCCAGAAUGCCAACAGAAUGUAACCUUACAUGUUCCAUGAUAUAUGACCAGUUAGUAUAUGCUCACAUACUAGAUGUUUAACUGAUACGUAUGUAAAUGUUUGUAUUAUUAACUGUAAAAUGGCCAACAAAGCAAAAUGCCACUCCAUUUAAGUACUGAAUAUAUUAGAAUAAAUAAAGUCUUCAUAAAGUUUGAGACUUUAUAUACAUUAUAUCAAUGUAUUUUUUUUUAAUACCAUUAAUAGCAUGCAUACAGUGAUGUUAUAACGCUUUAAAAAGCUUCUUGAGUUGAUCAUUUGGGACCACAUUUUUUAAGAUUAAUUCCUUUAUGGUCACUUGAAUGCAGACAUACUGGAUGCAUGGCUACUCAGCAAAAGUAUAUUAUAUUGUCGCUCUUAGAAUAUUUGGUCCAGUCUAACACGUUUUUCUGUUUUUCUUGGAAUACUAAAUGACAAAAUUGCACUUGUUGUUUUAUAAGUAAGACUGUGCUAAAAAGUGACAACUGUACCUUUCAAAUUCAGUCAGAGACAUCAUGCACUGCCUGUGCAGAUAUAUGCACCCUAAUGCCAUGCUGGAUGUGGUCAAAUACUGUAUUUAAAAAAGGAUAUGUAGUUGUGGUACUCUUAAUUCUGAAAUGAUAUGCCUUUUUUUCUUAUACAUUUUGUGUAUUCGUUUGUGUAUUAUUUGCCCACUACAAGUGAGGGUAUAGAAACAACAAUAUUCAAAACAUCUGCCAAAUUAUAAUUUGUGCCUAGAGUUUUUGGAUCGUGUAAACAAGUUAAUCAAACACCACAGAUUAUUUUCCUCCCAAGAGUGCCUUUCAAACAUCUCUUAACCUUCCAAUGCCUCCUCAUAUCAUCAUAGAUGAUACCAACGACAUUGGCUUAUCCAAAAAGCAAUAACCAAGUUCAGGGUGUAGAUCAAUGACAAAUAACUAGCAAAAUCUGGAUUAUUUUAUGUAAGUACAAUCAAGUAUGUUUUUAGAAUGUUAAAUAUCUGUUUUUAUUGUCUAGCUACAUGUUGACCACUAAAUAAAUGUCCAAUCCUAAUGAAUAACCAAAGCUAUCUGGUUGUUGAUAUUGUGUAGAUUAAGUUGUCCUCAUUGAUAUUGUUAUAAUCAAACAAAAUAAAGUGUACAAAAUGUCCAUUUUAAAUCAGUAACACAUAUUAGGCCAGAUCAUUGUGUUUAGUGCUAGGGUAAAAAAACAAAACGUGCACCCUUUGGGAUCCCCAGGACCGAGUUUGAGAUACAAUGUUGCUACUUUCAAUAAUAUUGGACUAUUUCUUUAAAGAAAUACAUGUAUUUUGGAGCCAAACUGGUCAAACGUUGCCAAAUAAAAGUUUGAUUAUA